AUGACAAAAAUAAGCAAAGCAGAAGGAUGGAAGCCCACGGUUAUAAUGGUAUUGGUUCAGUUAAUAUAUGCAUGGAUGAACAUUUUCCUGAAAUUAGCAGCUCAUGAUGGUAUGGAUCUCAGAGUUGCAGUCACUUAUCGUUUCGUUUUUGGUGCUGCCUCAUUAGUUCCUGUUGCAUUCUUCUUCGAAAGGAAAGUAAGACCAAAAUUAACCUGCAAAGUUGUUUUCUUCGCAUUUCUUUCCGGAUUAUUUGGAGGUGCUCUGGGACAAAACCUAUACUUGGAAAGCUUGGUACUAACAUCAGUCACAUUUAUAUCAGCUAUGAACAAUCUAGUUCCUGCUACUACAUUUCUGCUAGCCGUGAGUUUGAGGUUGGAAAGUUUAAAAUGGCAUACAAGAGCAGGUAAAGCAAAGUUGCUGGGAACAAUAAUAGGGAUCGGAGGAGCAAUGUUGUUCACAUUUUACAAAGGUCCAAAUAUUACCAUUUGGAAAACAGAUGUAAACAUUCUUAACAUCAUGUCUAGUCAUCAUCGUCAUCGGGCUUCACGCAAAACACAGGGUAGCAAUCAAAUACUUGGUUCUAUCCUAGCAUUCCUAUGUUGUCUUUCUUUCUCUCUUUGGCUUAUAUUUCAGGGUAAGGCUGCUCAAUGUUACCCAUGUCCUCUGUCUUUCGCGGCUGUCAUGGUUGUGAUGGCUUUGGUUUUGAAUUUGAUUGCUACAAGCUGCUUACAACGUGACUGGAAAGAAUGGAAGUUGGGAUGGAACAUUAGACUUAUUGCGGUAGCUUUUUCGGGACUUUUGGGAACGACGGUAGUAUAUAGCCUCAUAACUAUUGCUAUAGCUAUGAGAGGUCCACUAUUUGUGUCAGCUUUCAACCCUUUAAUACUUGUAAUCGUGGCCAUAGUCGGAUCACUUGUACUCGAAGAGGAUUUACACUUGGGAAGCUUGCUUGGAGGAAUUCUUAUAGUUUGUAGUCUAUACUUCAUAUGUUGGGGAAAGAGUAAAGAGAGUAAGAUGGCUGACAACUCCACAGUGGCAAACGAGCAAAUUCAAGCUCAUGAUGGUAUGGAUCUCAGAGUUGCUGUGACAUAUCGUUUUAUUUUUGGAGCUGUUACCAUGGUUCCUAUUGCUUUCUUCGUCGAAAGGAAAACUAGACCAAAGCUUACUUGGAAGGUUCUCUUCUUUGCGUUUCUCUCUGGAUUAUUUGGAGGUUCAUUGGGACAAAAUUUAUUUUUAGAAAGCUUGGUGCUUACAUCAGCCACGUUUACCUCAGCCAUGGUCAACCUUAUCCCUGCUACCACAUUCUUGCUCUCCUUAUGCCUUAGGCUGGAAAGAUUAAAUUGGCACGCGAGAGCGGGUAAGGCAAAGGUUUUCGGAACAUUGAUAGGAAUUGGAGGAGCAAUGUUGUUCACAUUUUACAAAGGUCCAACUAUGACCAUUUGGAAAACGGAUGUAAACAUUCUCAACAUUAUGCCUAGUCAUCACCAGACUUUACCUAAAGCACAGGGUAGUGAUCAAGUUCUUGGAGCUAUCCUUGCCUUCUUGUGUUGUAUUUCUUUCUCCCUCUGGUUCAUAUUCCAGGCGAAAGGUGCCCAACAUUACCCAUGCCCUCUAUCUUUCACUGCCCUGAUGAUUGUGAUGGCAUUGGUUUCGAAUUUGAUUGCUACAAGUUGUUUACAACGUGACUGGAACCAAUGGAAAUUAGGUUGGGAUAUAAGGCUUUUUGCAGUAGCUUUUUCGGUAAGUUCCAUAAGAAUUGUUGGAAUUCGAUGUUUAUUAUGUAUUUCCGAAUUAAUUAGAGCUAUUUUCGCAGGGAAUUUUUGGUACAACAUUGUGUUAUACCCUAAUGACGGUAACUAUAGCAAUGAGAGGUCCAUUAUUUGCUUCAGCUUUCAACCCUUUGUUACUCAUCAUUGUGGCCGUUGUUGGAUCACUUGUGAUGGAAGAGAAAUUAUACUUAGGAAGCUUGCUUGGAGGUUUUCUCAUAAUAUGUGGUUUAUACACCAUAUGUUGGGGGAAGAGCCAAGAGAUUACAAUGAUUGA